GAGGCUGGCGAGGCAGGAGCGGCAGGGAGGUCGAGGAAGGCGCGCGAGGCGGGAGGCUGGAGACGAGCGACCAAGGAGGACGGUUCGAAGGAAAGAGGGAACGAGAAGAAACGAUAGUAGUCUAUGGUCCAGCGACUCCGCGGGAAGAAAGAAAAGAGAAUCGAGCAGCAAACGAAGCCGAAGCUCGUCGUCGUGGUCUCUCGCCGACUCGUGGCCAGUUUCAUUCGCGGCGCUCGACCGUCAAGCUCGCGCGAUCACUCGCAGGAACCGCGCGGGGUCCCUGUCGCUCGCCUCGAGAUGCGAACAUCGUCGCGAACGUCGUCCAACGCCGUUCUCUUCACCAGCGAUGCCUCUGCCGGCUCGGUGAACCUUUGAUUCCGCGUAUUCGCCAGUUUCUACGCCAGUUCUCCGACUCUAACCAGCUCCUUGUCUGCCGUGCAUCCGACACCGAAAUCGAAGUCGAAAUCGAAAUCGAAAUCGAAAGUUGGAGCAGCCCGUUUCUUCCUCUAUCUCUCUCCCUCCAUCUCUCUCUCUCUCGCUCUCUGGGUUGUCGCGGGAAAUCGAGCACAGCGCUCGAUGCCCUGGCACUCGGUCCGAGCGUCGUUCGCGAUCACACCUGCCCUACUCCAGGAACGGCCGUCUAUCGUUAUGCUCGAUCGCGCUCGUUGAACGAGUUUCGCGAGGCAACGAGGGGAAACUCGGAUAACAUGAUUUAUCAGCCGAACCAUCAUCAGUCACCGACGAUGUCGUCAGCGAGGAAGACGUCGCCGCGGCCGCAACGUCGAAACUUGCAAGCGUCGUCGGGAAAGUGCGCGAACGCGAAAGCGAAACGCGGAGGCGACAGGACCGGGAACGAGGAGCGAUGCAGAGGACGGUGCAGGGUGCAGUGGAGCGAGAAACACGUGAAGGAGGGGUUGGUGCUGGUGCAGGAGGCGCAACUGGCCAGAGUAGUGAAGACGGGACCCAUCGCGGAGCACUACGAGAUAGACCCGAAGCCGUUCGCGAACGGACAAUGGGCGAGAGUUUAUCGGUGCAGAUCCCGGGCGACCGGGAUCCUCUACGCCGCCAAGUACUCGUCGAGGAGUCGAUUCAACGCGGACUGCAGCGCCGAGCUGAGACACGAGAUCGCAUUGCUGUCGCUCUGCUCGCAAUCGCCACGCGUCGUUCGACUGCACGACGUCUACGAGACGCCAAAGGAGAUCAUCCUCGUGAUGGAAUACGCUCCCGGAGGCGAUCUACAGACGCUCAUCGACGGCGAUUUGGUGCCCCUCGAAGGUGACGUGGUACACUUCGUGAGGCAGCUAGUAGAAGGACUCGCCUACCUCCACCAGAGAAAUAUCGCCCAUUUGGACAUCAAGCCGCAAAAUUUGGUAAUGAUGGGCAGCUUUCCGGAAUGCGAGGUGAAGCUGUGCGACUUCGAGAUCUCGAGAGUGAUAUUAGAGGGGACAGAGGUUCGAGAGAUCCUCGGAACACCGGAUUACGUGGCGCCCGAAAUUCUCCACUACGAACCCAUCACGUUGGCCGCCGAUAUGUGGUCCGUGGGCGUAACGACGUACGUGCUUUUAACGGGAUUCUCUCCUUUCGGCGGUGAAACCGAUCAAGAAACGUUUCAAAACAUAUCCCUGGGCGAAGUUGAUUUCCCCGAAGAACUGUUCGGCGACAUCUCGGCGCAGGCGAAAGAUUUCGUCGCGAAGCUUUUGGUGCUGGACCCGAGCGCACGAAUGACCGCGAAACAAUGCCUGCGUCACGAUUGGCUACGCGGCGCACCUACGCAAGCGUCGCCUCAUCUCAGAAGAUACCUGUCGAAAUCGAGAGAGGUUCUCCUGGAACGGGUUGUCGGUCGAGAGAAUCUAAGAAGAGCGGCGCUUUUGAGCCAGGCGAGCAGUCAAGCGAAUCUAUCGUGCGACGUUCAAGAGUCGAAUCAUUCCGAUCAAAGUUUGCAAGACUGUUUGCUGAGUCAAAGCGAGAUGUGCCUGAGUCACCGUCUCACCGGAAGCCGAUUUAGUCUCGAGGGUAGCGAAGAUUUUCCAAGUCCAGCCGAUUCUCGAACGAGCUUGAACUCUUCCAGGACGAAUCUCAGCUGCGCUAGCCAGAGCUACUUGCUCAACAAAGAACAGACCCAAGGCUUGCUCAGUCGAGCGCAGAGUCGAUCGCAAGCGAACCUGGAUCACGGUCUCAGCCGAGGACUUCUUUCUAGAAUACGAAGCCUAAAUCGAAUUCAGUCUCAGGCGUGUUUGCUCAAUGAAAAUUCUUCGGCAACCUCGGCUUCGUUGCAACAACCGCGAAUGACGAUAAAUCCUGUAAUUAGCAAAUCGCGCGAGAAAUUGUACGGCCUGAGAUCGUUGUCCAAGUCUCAAGGGGUUUUGGACAUAUACAGAAGCCUCGAGUGCCUUAAACGAAGAAGGAAGAGCUAUCAACGAGCCAAAACCGAGGAUAUGAUACCGAUUUUCAAACGGCUAGGUGCCGAAAUACACGCGUCCAAUGCAUCGGACGCAUCGGUCCUUGCCACGUGUAACAUCGUGGAUCGUCGGUCUUGCGACGACAUCUCGACUUUCAUCCAAACGACCAAGCAUCCGGAUGACGAGGACAAAGACGUUUCCAAAACAGCGACAGCGACGGAGUCGAAAAUCGCGAACGAGCUUGACGAUCGAUCGUCCGAGAUACACUUGCAGGAGGAGGAAGAAGAGGAGGAGGAGGAGGAGGAAGAAGAAGAAGAAGAAGAAGAAGAAGCGAAAGAUCUGGAAACGUCGACGGGACGAGCUUUCGAGUCGGAGGAAAAUUUGGAUUCGUUGAAAUCGAUCGAAUCGGACACGUUGACCGAGGACUCGGACGAAACGCCGAUAAAUAAUCGCGAUAACGAAUCGAAUCUCGUAGCCGGGAAACGAGCGUGUCAACGGCAACAUUCCGACGCUUCGAGUCGUUCCAACAAUUCUGCAACGUCGGACGACAAGGAGGAUCGAUCGACCGAAUCUGAAAACGAAGAACCAAAGUACACGGUCGCGCAGCUCGUGUCCGCGUUUAACAAGCAUCAGGAGGUCGCCUCGAGGACGAGUCUGGAAGCGAUUAUGACCGAGAAGAGAGUGAACGAGGUUACCUUUCCGACCGGGACAAAAGCUUUGAGACUGUUCAUACCGGACAUCGACAUCAGCGAAAGCAAGAUCGUCAGGCGGAAAACGAGUUACAAGCCUCGAAAGAAUUGGGAAGAACUGAGAAAGAAGAACGAGAAAGACGAGGGAAUCUUGAAGAACUUCAACGAUUCGGGCAACGAAGACGAGGACGAAGACAACGACGUCGAUUCGGAGGAACGAAAGGAUAAAUGGCGAGUGGAGUCGUGUUCGGAACGAUGGCCGAAUCCACCGACGAUCGAAAUCAACGGAGACGCGAUUUUCGAGAAAGCUACGACUCAAGACGACGUCGAUACCACGAUAGACGAAAAGUACAAGCAGUGCGUCAAGGGAGCCAGGUCGAACGUAACGGAGGCAGUAACCGGUGAAAAAUCUCAAAGAACGUUGAAUAAUCCCGAUCGUUCGAUAAUCGCGACUGCUAUUCGCCAGAAGGAAAGACUGCCAAAUUAUAUCUAUCCCGAAGUCACGUGCCAUAUCAAAGACGACUCUCAGGACUCGACUAAGAAGGCGACUUCCAUAUUCGCGAACGGCAAAUCGAACCCAAAGAUGCAAAAGGCGGAUCGAUCGAAACCGACGUACGACACCGAGUGUGUCAAUAUAAAUUUAAAGGACAUUUUGCAAAGGGUGGACAGUUUUCAAAAUACGCCGAAGGAAAAUUUGGAAAAUUUGAGAAAGAGGACGUCCAUUACGAAAAUAAUGUUGAACGACAAUCUGAACGACAAGAACGAGGGUGAGAGCCGAUCGAGCAGUCGGGCUCGAAGCGAGCCACCUUUGACCGCGACUCCCAAGGAAGAGGAUCACAAGAUGAAACUCGUUGUACCGACCUCUUUCGUGAGAUCCUCCUCUUUGUCUAGCGAAAGCAGCUGCCCGACACCAUCCAGCGUGCAUUCCGAUGCGAACGCUUGCUGGGAAGAUGUUCAACGCGGUGCAGUGGGAUCGAACGUAUCCUUGGAAAAGGAAGAGACCAACAAGGUGCAAAGGAGAAACGAGAUUCAGAGAACUUCGAGCGAGGGAAGGAAUAAACAAUGCGCAGAGGACAAAAGACUUUGGGGCAGAGUUUGCACGGGUUCUUACAGCAGAGCGAUGGAAAAAUUCAGCAAGAACAGCGACGCGAACAAAAAGCCUGUGGUCGGUCAGUUGAACGGUUCGCAACAGAAUGGCAAAAUUAGAAGAAAAAGCAGUCCUGCCAUGCCUCAAUACAUCAAUCCAUAGAAGUAGACUUCACUUGCACGAAGACUGAUUCUAGAACUUGGCCUUUCUCGACAUCGCGCUGACUCAGCCCGGAAAAGGGUAAACCGAACGGUUCAAAUUUCUCUUUUCGCCAAUUCUUUUCUUCGCUCGACCAGAAAUCGGACGAGCGAUUCGCGAUUACUAUCCUCGACGAGUCGUUCGCGAUUCUCUGUGAAACGACACCGUGGCGACGAGAACCGUAACCGUGGACCAAAGUGGCGGAUAAAUAUAAUCUGCAAGCGUGUGUCAUCAAAUAGUCGAACGGCAAAACGGUAACCUGUCAUUAACAUCCCAUCUGGGCGUCGCGUGGUCAAACAAGGCGAUCGAACGUGAUUGAUCGUCAUAGCCUUAUCCUUGACUUAAUCUCCAUAUCGAGCGAUCUUCGAGAACUACUUUUUUCGCGAAGUGCGCAGUAUCGGUAGACACGUGGGUACCGAGAAAACGAAGCAGCUAAUUCCAACCGAAAAAUGGUGCUCAUCGAAUCGACAGGACAGCAAACGUCGAUGGUAUCGACUUUAAAUUCAGAUUAAACAGGAAUUAAGUAACAGAAAACUCAGAGCUUAACUUACGUUAUUACGAGGAACGCGAGAGUCAUGCGUUCAAAAAAAAAAAAAAAAGAAAAAAAAAUUGCUCACUCACGAGAGAGAGAGAUUAUCUUUUCACGAUACAAUUUUGUAUAACUCUAUUAAUGCUCUGUUACCUAUCGAAGCUCGUUUAAGUAGUGGCAAUCACGACUCAAUUGGUACGCCGAAAAUGAUAACUCAAUUAUAUCGUAGUAUUUAGCAUGUUAUUAAAGCCGAUCUAGUAGCCUAUGUCAUUUAGAUUUUUAAACGAUUCGUUUAAUUUUGUAUCGAAGAUAUCUCAAUAAAGACUCCUUGCCGUUAAGUAUCACGCGUUAUCGAUCUUAAGAAAAGCGUAGUAUUCUCACCGAUAUUUUAACGAGGCGAUCUAUCGAUUCCCGCGAGAAAUCUUGCUGA